UUGCCUUUCCCUAGGCUCCAACAGCCAGCCGCGCAGCGAGAGGGACAGCCCCUGCCUUUGACGGCGCCCUCACGCAGUCAGCCGAGCCGACGGGAGCAGUGUGUCCAUCCGUCCAUGGAUGGAUGCGAACGAAAUCCACGGCUGAAGCGGCGCCCUACCGUCAGAAAGAUGGGCUUGGUUAGGUUGCAACCUGGUCGCCAGAUUUCUGGGCAGGUGGUCCAGGUGAAUCUGGAGGUUUGGCUGAAAAGUGCGGCAGCCAGCGAAUUCAGGAGUUUGUGUGGGUAACACGAAAGCUGUUACAUUAUUAUA